AUGGCAGCGGGAAAUAGAGGAAGACAAUUACCAAAAUUUGGGGAAUGGGACGCGAGUAAUGCAGGAGCAGCACAAGGAUUCACAGUCAUUUUCAACAAUGCUCGUGAUGACAAGAAGACAAAGAAAACCGCUGUUGCAGCACCUGAGAGUCUGGUUACACCUCCAAUAAUCGAUCAAUCUCAUCAGAACAAUAACCACAACAACAACAACAACCACAACCACCGUCAUAAUCAUCGUAAUCCCCAUCAUAAAAAACGUAAUUCCCAAACCCCACAAGCAAAGAAGAAAUGGCUUUGUUUCCGUUAA